AUGCCAGCCAAGCGCUGGUGCGAGCUUCCUUUUGAGAGUGAGCUGCCCACGCUGAGGACGGGCACCAGGAACCCAUUUGUGCCUGGGCCCCAGGGUUCCUUCCAGGCUGGUCACAGAUCCAUGGUGGUGUUCAUGACGGUGGCCCGGCUGCAUGUGAGCACGCUGCAGAGCAGUGUUGUUGCUCGUGGUCUGCCAGCUAGUAACACACUUUCUUCUGCAGGUCGACAUUUUGAUGGUGGCGUGAAGCCAAAAUUUAAUGUAAAUCAAGUGGCAAUUACACAGGUUGUCAGCUACAACUGGAGCAGGAGAGGACAGUGGGAAAAGGCAUCCUGGAGGCCGUUCACCCACAGCCACUACAGCCCUCUCAAUGUGACAGUUAAUGGAAUCCCCUGCAUUCUCUUCUGGGCCAAAAGGAUCAUGAUUAAGUUUGAAAACCACACACAGCUGGAUUUGACAGAGAAAACAUUUGGUGUCCAUGCAACAGUGGAUGUUGGAGAUUCAAACUGCAGUGAAGACAACGCAAUGCUUUCUCUGAAGUUUGGUGACAUUGGCAAUCUAAAGGGACUUGUUAUUAGAUUCUUAUUAACAACGAGCUAUUACCAGCUGUCUGUUCAGAACUGGUUCCGUUUACACAGACUGCAGCUUCUUUACAACCACUCCAUACAAGCGACGUUUAAUGCAACCAGAAUAUACGCACCCUCAAGUUACUCCUACCACUGUGAACAUGUGAGCAGUUUGCAGAGAUAUGAUGCACUCCUCAUACCCAGCUCUGCAAAUGAUCUUUCAAAGCUUUGGGAAGUCACUUUUACUGAUUUCCAGAUUCAAGGUUUUAACAUUCAAGAAGGACACUUUGCCGAUGCAAAAGACUGUGCAUCCUUUUUCUCUCCAGCAAUACUUAUGGGAUUGGUUAUGUCGCUGAUUCUGCUUCUGGUUCUUGCCUAUGCUCUUCAUAUGUUAAUCCACCUGAAAUCUCUUGACAGGCACUAUGAAUGCAAAGCUUCUCCUGCCUAUUUUGCACAAAUGAAAGACAAUGACAUGGGGGAUGAGAAGGAGCCACUGAGAAGCGGUGGAAAUGAGUCCUAUGAACUUAGAAACCAACAGUUCUGUAAAAUCUAUAUUUAGCAGUAUGCAUCUGUCUCAGUGAAACAAGUGGUAUUGUCUUUUGCUGGCACUGUCGUAUGUAGUUUAUGCAGAUUUUUCAGCAACUGAUGAAAGGAAAAGUAGGUGACAGACUGUUUAGUGAGUUAUUGCCUGUUAUUUAUUGAUA